GGGUGGAGGGGUAGGGGGAUUUCCUCUUUCAGCCGGAGCCUCGCGCGUCCCGGCCUCCUCCCCCGGCCCGGCCCCGGCGUGGAGGCGGGGCGUGGCCGGCCUGCUCGGGGCGGGGAGGGGCUUCCUCGUCACCGCUGGCUCUGCCGGGGCGGCUCUGGGGUCGCCCACCCUCGGGGUGUCCACUCUGCAGUCGCCCAGUUUCCCACCGAGGAUCAAGGGGGGGAAGGGCAGCCGGAUCCGGAGGAGGCCCCGCGGCCACGCUGCCACCGCCACGAAGACACGCCGGGCUCGGGGCACGCGGCGAGCUGGAGACCGAGCUCCCCGGCAGGGGCCACCCGGGCGGCAGCGGGUAGUCCGUGGCGCCUCCCGGUAACCCGGUGGCCGCAGCAGUGGCGGCCCGAGCAGGCUGCGCGGUGUUCCAGCCGCUGGAGGAGGCUCCGGGGCGAUCGGGGUGACCGGCGCCCAGGCGGUCCAGUGCCUCGUGUGUUCUUAUUUGUUCACCUCUGACUAUGCAAUUCUGAAGCCUCCCCCAUUCGGGGGACCCGGCAGCCCGACCGACACCUUCCACCCGCCUUGCGCCCUGGUCUCACAGCACAGAAGGAUCGCUCCCUAACGCCUUUCACCAUUAAGAGGAAAGCGAUGGAGGAGCUGAGCGCUGAUGAGAUGGCUGGCUGGGGUUUAGGGUGUGGUCAAGGUUUUAGAAGAGUGAUCCGGCGGAGGCGCCUGGCUCGACUUGCUGGUGGACAGACCUCCCAGCCUACCACCCCGCUCACCUCUCCCCAGAGGGAGAACCCUCCGGGGCCCCCUAUAGCGGCAUCAGCCCCCGGCCCCUCCCAGAGUCUUGGUCUCAAUGUCCACAACAUGACCCCAGCUACCUCCCCAAUAGGUGCAUCAGGAGUAGCCCAUCGAAGCCAGAGCAGUGAAGGAGUCAGUUCUCUCAGCAGCUCGCCCUCCAAUAGCCUUGAAACACAAUCGCAGUCUCUCUCACGUUCCCAGAGCAUGGAUAUAGAUGGUGUCUCUUGUGAGAAAAGCAUGUCCCAGGUGGAUGUGGAUUCAGGAAUUGAAAAUAUGGAAGUUGAUGAAAAUGAUCGAAGAGAAAAAAGGAGCCUCAGCGAUAAGGAGCCGGCGUCGGGUUCUGAAGUAUCUGAAGAGCAGGCCUUGCAGCUGGUCUGUAAGAUCUUUCGUGUCUCCUGGAAGGACCGGGACAGAGAUGUCAUCUUUCUUUCUUCUCUUUCUGCACAAUUUAAGCAGAACCCAAAAGAAGUGUUCUCUGAUUUUAAGGACUUGAUUGGCCAGAUUUUAAUGGAAGUGCUAAUGAUGUCCACUCAGACUAGAGAUGAAAACCCGUUCGCCAGUCUGACAGCCACGUCACAGCCAAUUGCCGCGGCAGCUCGGUCACCCGACAGAAAUCUCACGCUAAAUACUGGCUCGGUCCCCGGAACGAGUCCCAUGUUCUGCGGUGUGGGUUCCUUCGGCGCCAGCUCUUUGUCUAGCCUCUAUGAAACUAGCCCCGCUCCCAGCGUGAGCUUCUGGAGCUCUGUGCCGGCGAUGAGCUUGCCCUUUGCCUCCCCCUCCGGGGCAGCCGGCCACGCGGCUGUGCCUUCCAUUUCCCUCAGUGCUCAUGGCUCGGCCCCCGGGACUGCGGGAAGCCAGCCGCCAUCGCCAUCGCUGCGUUAUCGCCCCUACACUGUUACCCACCCCGGGGGGCCUUCCGCCUCUCCUACCCCGAGGUCCCCAGGCCUCUCCCUUCCAGCUAGCUCACCGAGCCUCCCCGCCCUCGCUAGUAGCCCUCAAGCCGUGCCGGCCAGCUCUUCCCGACAGAGGGCCGCCAGCACGGGGCCAGCCUUCCUGCCGGCCUCACCCAGUGCCCUGAGCAGACGCCCCCCCUCCCUCAGGACUUCUCCUAGUAUGUACGACAGUCCUUUCUCCUUCCUCUUCCUCGCGCUUUCUGGGGACAGUAGUGAUGAUGAUGAAGAAGAAGAAGAUGAUGGUGAUGAUGAAGGUGUUGGUGGUGGUGAUGAGUUUUCUUGUGUCCAGUUUGGGUCCAGUUUUGGAGCCUGUGGUGGGGCAAGUUCUUGGGAUUCCUACAGUGACCAUUUCGCCAUUGAGACCUGCAAGGAGACAGAUAUGCUGAACUACCUCAUCGAGUGUUUUGACCGAGUUGGAAUAGAGGAAAAAAAAGCACCAAAGAUGUGCAGCCAGCCAGCGGUCAGCCAGCUUCUGAGCAACAUCCGCUCACAGUGCAUAUCCCACACUGCGUUAGUACUGCAAGGCUCCCUCACCCAGCCCAGGUCCAUGCAGCAGCCAUCCCUCCUGGUGCCGUACAUGCUGUGUAGGAACCUCCCAUACGGCUUCAUUCAAGAGCUGGUGAGAACCACUCACCAGGAUGAAGAAGUGUUCAAGCAGAUCUUUCUCCCCAUUUUGCAAGGCCUGGCGCUUGCUGCCAAAGAGUGCUCCCUUGAGAGUGACUACUUUAAAUACCCCCUCAUGGCUUUGGGUGAGCUCUGUGAAACCAAGUUUGGGAAGACACACCCCGUGUGCAAUUUGGUCGCUUCCUUGCCGUUGUGGUUGCCUAAGUCCCUCAGCCCUGGGUCUGGGCGGGAGCUGCAGAGACUCUCCUACUUGGGGUCUUUUUUUAGCUUCUCAGUCUUUGCAGAAGAUGAUGCUAAAGUGGUUGAAAAAUAUUUCUCAGGGCCUGCUAUUACCCUGGAAAAUACUCGCGUGGUUAGCCAAUCAUUGCAGCAUUACUUGGAGCUGGGAAGGCAAGAGCUUUUCAAGAUUCUGCAUAGUAUUCUGUUAAACGGUGAAACCCGGGAGGCUGCCCUUGGUUACAUGGCGGCUGUCGUCAAUGCCAAUAUGAAAAAAGCACAGAUGCAGACAGAUGACAGAUUGGUUUCUACAGAUGGAUUUAUGCUGAAUUUUCUCUGGGUGCUGCAGCAGCUAAGUACAAAGAUCAAGUUAGAGACGGUUGACCCCACGUAUAUAUUCCACCCGAGGUGUCGGAUCACUCUGCCCACCGAUGAGACCAGAGUGAACGCCACGAUGGAGGAUGUGAAGGACUGGCUGGCAGAACUCUAUGGAGAUCAGCCUCCCUUUUCUGAGCCGAAAUUCCCUACGGAAUGCUUCUUUCUUACGCUGCACGCCCACCACCUCUCUAUCCUGCCAAGUUGCCGUCGCUAUAUCCGCAGACUCCGGGCCAUCCGGGAGCUCAAUAGAACUGUAGAAGAUCUGAAAAAUAACGAAAGCCAAUGGAAAGAUUCCCCCUUGGCAACUAGACACCGUGAAAUGCUGAAGCGCUGCAAAACUCAGCUUAAGAAACUGGUACGAUGCAAGGCCUGCGCUGACGCUGGUUUACUUGACGAGAGCUUCCUGCGAAGAUGUCUGAAUUUUUAUGGCCUUCUCAUUCAGCUGCUGCUCCGCAUCCUGGACCCUGCCUACCCCGAUGUAACACUGCCUUUAAGUUCAGACGUCCCCAAGGCGUUUGCAGCAUUGCCUGAGUUUUAUGUAGAAGAUAUUGCUGAAUUUUUAUUUUUUAUUGUACAAUACUCGCCUCAGGUGCUGUACGAGCCCUGCACUCAGGAUAUUGUGAUGUUCCUCGUUGUGAUGUUGUGCAACCAGAACUACAUCCGCAACCCGUACCUGGUGGCCAAGCUGGUAGAAGUCAUGUUUAUGACCAACCCUGCUGUUCAGCCACGAACGCAGAAGUUCUUUGAAAUGAUUGAGAACCAUCCUCUCUCCACCAAACUGUUGGUCCCUUCCCUGAUGAAGUUUUAUACAGAUGUCGAGCAUACCGGAGCGACCAGCGAGUUCUAUGACAAGUUCACCAUUCGCUACCACAUUAGCACCAUCUUUAAAAGCCUUUGGCAGAACAUAGCUCACCACGGCACCUUCAUGGAGGAGUUCAACUCUGGGAAGCAGUUUGUUCGCUAUAUAAACAUGCUGAUCAAUGACACGACGUUUUUGCUCGAUGAAAGUCUGGAGUCCCUGAAGCGGAUCCACGAGGUGCAAGAGGAGAUGAAGAACAAAGAGCAGUGGGAGCAGCUGCCCCGGGACCAGCAGCAGGCCCGGCAGUCCCAGCUGGCUCAGGACGAGCGGGUGUCACGCUCCUAUCUUGCCCUGGCAACGGAAACCGUGGACAUGUUCCACAUCCUCACGAAGCAGGUCCAGAAGCCCUUCCUCAGGCCAGAACUUGGACCCCGAUUGGCUGCAAUGCUGAACUUUAAUCUUCAGCAACUCUGUGGUCCCAAGUGCCGUGACCUGAAAGUCGAAAACCCUGAGAAAUACGGCUUUGAACCAAAGAAGCUGUUGGACCAACUGACAGAUAUUUACUUGCAGCUGGACUGUGCGCGGUUCGCUAAAGCCAUCGCGGACGACCAGAGAUCCUACAGCAAAGAGUUGUUUGAAGAAGUUAUUUCGAAGAUGCGGAAGGCGGGGAUCAAAUCCACAAUCGCGAUAGAGAAGUUUAAACUCCUCGCCGAGAAGGUGGAGGAGAUAGUGGCCAAGAACGCACGCGCCGAGAUCGACUACAGCGACGCUCCGGACGAGUUCCGAGACCCUCUGAUGGACACCCUGAUGACUGACCCCGUGCGGCUGCCCUCCGGCACCAUCAUGGACCGCUCCAUCAUUCUGCGGCACCUGCUCAACUCCCCCACGGACCCCUUCAACCGGCAGGCGCUGACCGAGAGCAUGCUGGAGCCAGUGCCAGAACUGAAAGAACAGAUUCACGCCUGGAUGAGAGAGAAGCAGAACAGUGACCAUUAAACGUCCCUCGCCCACCCUUUGCUUGCAGCAGCCACGGCCAGCGAGGCCAGCAGCAGCAGCAUCGGCGGUGAAAUGCUCUUCAAAUGUGGAGGCCAGACGUGGCGGAGACACCGAGAGCCCACCCAGCGCGACCAAGCGGUGGCCUUCUGCAAGGACAUGAACGAGGAGGAGCCCAAUUCCUGUAUAUAUAUUUAAGUGACAAAACUGGUCAAAAGCGUGAGGGACACACUGAUUGAUUGCUGGUGUAAUGAAGCACGUCCUUCGUAUGUCACCAUUUGGGGCUUUUGCAGCGGAAGUUUUUUAGUGAUUGAUAAUGAAUGGGUUUGGGCAGCAUCCCCUCCAUUUUUUUUUUUUUUUUUUUCUAAAUCCAAUAUCCAUUGAUUUCAUUGUGAUUAGAGAACCUUGGACAUUUUGCUGCUAAAGAAUCUUUCCCCUUCCCUUCCUCUCCUGCCCCUACAUGCACUGCUGUGGAUUUUUUUAAGAGAAACGAAAACAAAAAUAAAUUCCUUUCCCUGGCUCUCCAAACAUAUAUUCUGUGAGAUAACUGUGCCUGCAACAAAGUGUUAAUCCUGGGAUCGUAUUUUUAUAUCAUAUUCACAUAUUUGUUUUUUUAAUUGGUGUUAGAUGACAUGAUUAAUAAAAAAGGCAAGAUAUUUUCAGAA